AUGUACACCCGCGCCCAGGUUCUCGCAGCUCUUGCUGCUAUCUCCGCCACCGACGUGAACGCUGCCAUGGGUCCUGCCUUCAGCACUGGUCCUGUCUCCGACGACUUCUUCAUCCGUGAAGCUAUCUCGACUCUCAUCCUCCGCAACGGCCCCAGCGGUGGUUUUUCCGAUGCCAUCACCUCCCUGUGGGUUGGCAUGGGCACCUCCAACGGUGACCUGAUCCAGUCCAUUGCCGACAACUGGCAGCAGAAGCAACUGGACCAUGAGCCCAUCUACGGUUAUGGCCAGGCAGACGGCACUAAGGGCGACAAGGUCACCAUGCACUACAAGUUCGAUGGCUCGACCGGCAGCUACACCCAGACCGUUCUGAUCAACGACAAGACCGCCUCCACCCUCUCCACCAGCGAUGGCAAGGCCUUGGGCUGGGGAAGCGCUAUCGAGUGUGCCGAGGACAACUGCGACACUGUCGGUGAUCACUCUUGGACCAACGCCACGAUCAUCCUCGAUGUUGCUGACCCCAACUACAUCAACGCCCUCGCCAAGGGUUGCGGCGUCUCUGGCGACAUGUCUACCAGCGAUAGCGGCAAGACAUGGACUGUUACCACCAUUAACAUUCCCGUAUACUCUUUCUCUAGCUAA